AUGUCUUCUUCACAUUUACAUACUUCACAAAAAAAUGACAACAAUAAUAUUAAUACUAAUGAAAGGUAUUAUUGUUAUCGACAUAAAUUAGAUCUAAAGAGAAAUUCUAUGAAUUCUAAUGAAUCUACCAUGCUUGAGAAUUUACAACAGUAA